GGGAGAGUGACCUGGGAGAAACAGAGAGACCUGGGAGGGAGAGAAGGGUAGACCUGAGAGAGAUACCCAAGAGAGACCUGGGAGAGAGGGAGAGACCUGGGAUAAAGGGAGAGACGAGAUUGGGAGAGAUCUGGGACAGAGAGGCAGACCCGAGACGAGACACGCGUAAGGAUAAGGAAGGAAGAGGGAAAAACCUGGGACAGAGGGAGAGAAAGACUUAGGAUAGGUACAGAAAGUGGGAGGGAUUGGGGAAAGAACAGUAAUUGAUACAAAGGUCUAGACAGAGAAGAUACCUAGGACAGGGACAGGAAAAGCCCUAGACGUGGGAGAGGAGAUAUCUGGGAUGAAGAGGUAGAGCUCUGGGAUAGGUAGAAGAGGCGUGAGAAAGGGAGGAAGAAAACCUGGGUCAGAAAGAGGAGAUUCCUGGGAUAAAGAGGCUUAUGACGAGAGAUUACAUAGUUGGCCCAACAGCUUUCUGAGGAAUAACAAGCUAAGGCUAAUAUUCAGGUUUGCGUUUUAAUUAGCAGUGGGUUGGAUAUUGUAUAUUGGUCUCAGAGCUUGUACCAGUAUGUCAGUACCAUUUUCCAACACCACUCUCCGAAUUCCCCGUGGCUUUGGGAACUUGUUGGAGGGGCUGUCCAGAGAGGUGCUGAGGGAUCAGCCAACUGACAUCGUAGGGUUCGCUGCCACCUAUUUUGAUGAGCUGCUCAAAAAGAGAAUCGCCACUGGUAUGGACCCUGUAGAUUGGGCAGCACAAUUAGAGGAUCGAUUCUACAACAACCAUAUAUUCAAGGAACAACGAACAAUUAUACCUGAAAAUGAACCAAAAGCUGCUCCCGUGACGAUUGAUACAGCAUUCCAGGAUAAAGAUAAAGUUUCAGAUGACCUGGCAGAGCCUUUGGAGGGACUGCAAAAAAUAUGCAUAAAGAAGCCAGCCCAUUUCACAUCAAUUUCCCAAGACACUAUUUCUAUGAUGCUACAGGAUAAGGUAACGCGCGCAAGACAAUAUCGAGAAGAUGCCACCACAGAUGUCAAGACAGUGCCAGUGGAGGAAAUAUCCCAAGAGUUAGUUGGGUCCGCACCAGAACAAGGCGUUUCAGACACCACAAAGUUGACUGAUGAGGCCUCUGUGGUAGUUCCAAUAGAAGUCACCACAUCUCCGAUAAUGGCAGCAGGUCCAGAAGAAAGUUCUUUGGAAGUCACCACUUCUCAGGCGGCUGCAGUAGCCCCAGAAGGAAGUCCUGGUGAAAUAACUGAGACUCAACCAAUCACAGAAGCAUCAGUACCAAGAGAAAUUGAAGACACUGCAUCUGAAUUUGUCGCAGAUGCAUCGAAUCGAGGUCCUUUGGAAGAAACAACCCCGCAGGUGAUUGCAGCACCAUUAGAAGGAGAGUCAAAGGAAGAUGAACCUACUCAAAUGAUUGCAACAACAUCAGCACAAGAUGAAAAAAUUCCAUCCUCUAAGGAACCAAGUGCGGACACACAUUUAAAUGAAGAUGAGGCUGCAGUGAUCAUACAGUCAGCAUAUAGAGGUUACUCUACAAGGAAGACAAAGAAAGAAACGGCAACCCCUCCACCUGAUGAAGCUGAUGGUGACUUAUUUACAGAAGCAUAUCCAGGUACAGAUGGAAUUGAUUACAGCUCGGGAGAAGAGCUGGCAUUUACUGAAGAAGAAAAUACCAAUGUUGAAGAAGGCGUGGAGAUAACCCAUGAGGAAACUCAAAGUAGAAUGGGAACCAGUAGCCUCCAUUCAACAGUGAAGGAUGGCACUACAGAGACUAACAUUUGUGCUGCAGAGCUUGGCUCCCCAAUAGGGGCAGUAAACAUUACUGCAGAUGCAGACAUCUGUAGAUCAGAGCUCCAGUCAGUCAUGAAAGAAGACAAUAAAAGGGAGCCAGACAUGGCCACUGAGAUGGCUGGACAUGACAUCUGUGAGACUGAGUUGGAUCAGAAAGAUGUUUUUGAGGAUACAUCUGGUAGCACUGCGAAUGUUGAUACUGAACCGGGCUUUGUAGAGAGAAAGGAUUCUAGCCACGAAGAUAACAAAAGCAAUGAGAUUGAUAUUAAAUCGCAGGAUGAACCUACAGAUAACACAGUAGAAGAGGCAGCACGCCAGCAUGAGGUUAGUGGAGUGCUGACUGAUAGCCAAGAUCAGGAAAAUGUAGAUCAGAAACACACUGAAGUUAUUACAGAGGCUGAUCUUGAAGGUAAUGACAAUCCAUCCACAGAUGAGAGCCGGAGUGCUGAGGAAGGCAGCAAUAUAGUGGAAUGAAUAUUUACGUCCCGUAGUCCAUUAGUAGAGGCAAGUAUAACUUUGAAAUACCUGGGCUAUCGUUGAUGAAAAGACAAAAUAUUAAAUAAGUAUAAUCAAAAUCUGUAGAUGGCAGAUCUGGAUUUGCUGGUGAGGUGUUUGCAUGUUCACAGUAUGAUUGCCUGUGUUACCAAAGAUGCUGCUGGUAAAUAAAUUGGCUGUUGCAAAUUACUCUGUAGAUGAAAGGCAGAAGGAUCAGUCGUGAGUUGGACGUGAACGAGAAUAGAUUAUAGGGAAUUACAGUUCCUGGAUUGACCAAGACAUCCUUAUAGCCUCCCUGUGUAUGAAAUUCUUAUAUAUUGUGAUAAACCGUUGACUGUCUGAGUUACCUUCCUAACCAUUAUGUUAAUGGCACCUGUCUGAUAUUGUACCUGCUUUCCAAUAGUCAUCUUCACCUCUUGUUAAAUAGCCCUGCCUUUAUUCUACUCUUUUCGAAAAGUACGAUCACAUCUCCAGCCUAACCUUUCCAUCCAGUGUCGUAAAACAUAUUUCCCAGAUUCAUGCCUAUGUCUCUCUUGAUCUUUUUUUUUCAUUCCCUCUAUUUGUUAUCUGGCAUUGCCAAUAUACUGAAAAUCUUUGCAUACCAUAAUCUGAAUUACCUUCAUUAUCAAGAGUCAAGAGUGUUUAAUUGUCACAUGUGUCAGGAAACAAUGACAUUCUUACUUGCUACUGCUUUACUGGUGCAUUAGAUUCAACAACACAACAAACAAAUAUACAAUAAAGUAUUCAUUCAUUCAUCAUUUAUUCUGGGUAAACUGGACCUAGCUAAAUGUGCAAGGCCACAGAUAGUCAGAGAGGUGUCAAUUUUGCUUGCUGUUAGGUCUAUGUUGUGGAAUGUCAUUGCAAACAUGUGAUCUACCUGAUCUGUCACACAGGUGUACCACUUAAGCAUGCUGGUGAUUUAAUUUCAAUUAAACUGAUUGUUAAGGAAAGUUGGACAUUUACUAUAGGGGUCAUGGAGCCAUGCUUUCCUUCCAGUUCCUUGGAGCUUCAAUCCAUUGAUGGCCUGAGACAUUUGGACAUGCACAGUAUCUCUAAUAGCAUACAGUUAAUUGUUACAUGUCACUUCCGUGAUGUUGGUCCAUGCUUGCACGGCUUUUGAAGCACAUUGACCACCUAUGCAAGUUCGGUCUUGUAUGAUGUGAUUUAAAGAGAACCUAGCAAAUCAUGUAACAGUGUAAGUGAAUCGUUAAGUAAGAUGCUUAGCCAUUGUGAAGUUUCCAAAAGUCUCGCAUCUAACUUCCUUGGUUGUAACCUCAAGCCAUACCUUCACAAGUUCAUCUGUUUCCCUCAACUGACUGUGACCUCCCUUAAUCCCUACCCAUCCCUCAAGAUCCUGAUCCUCCUUGACUAAUACUUCCUACUCUAAUCUCCAACCACCAAGCACUUCACGCACAGUCUGUUUUAACCUACCUUAUCUCUCGGUUGCUCAAUAGUUCAACUCGGCCUCCUAUUCCCAAUCUGACCUUUCUAUCCUGGGCUUCCUCCAUUGUCAUAAUGAGGCCCAGCGCAAAUUGGAGGAACAGCACCUCAUAUUUUGCUUGGGUAGUUUACACCCCAGCAGUAUGAAAAUUGAAUUCUCUAACUUUAGAUAGCCCUUGCUUUCUCUCUCCAUCCCCUUCCGCUUCCCAGUUCUCCCACUAGUCUUACUGUCUCCGACUACAUUCUAACACUUAGUCCCGCCCCCUCCCCUGACAUCAGUCUAAAGAAGGGUCUCAACCCAAAACGUCGGCCAUUCCUUCUCUCCAGAGAUGUUGCCUCACCCACUGAGUUACUCCAGCAUUUUGUAUCUACCUUCGAUUUAAACCAGCAUCUGCGGUUCUUUCUUACACCUUUAUGCCUUGUUGUUCCAUGAUUCAUUCUCUGCAACUGGAUCCUCAACUUCCUUAUCGGCAGACCUCAAUCAGUAUGAAUUGGCAACAACACCUCUUCUUCUUUGACCAUCAGCACAGGUGUAAUUUGAGGCUCUGUGCUUAGUACCCUGCUAUAUCUUCUCUAUACCUGUGCUGUGUAGUCAGACACAGCUCCAAUGUCAAAUUUAAAUUUGUCAAUGACACCACCAUCAUUGGAUGAAUAACAGGCAAUGAAGAGUCAAAGUGCAAGAGUGAAAUCGGCAAUCGACGGUGGCAGAACAGCAGCCUUGCAAUCAACUAGCAAGACCCCGUAACUGAUUGUUGACUAUGGGAAUGAAAAACUGAUGGUGCUUGGCGGGAUGGUGGGAUUGUUUCAAGUUCCUGGACGUGCAAAUCCCUGCUGAUUUGACCUGGGCCCAGCACAUAGAUGCAAUCACAAAGAAAGCUCCCCAAUGCCUCUACUUCAUCAGAAUAUUUAAAGAGAUUUGGCAAGUCAUCAAAUACUCAAUCAAACUUCUACUUCUAUUGUGAUGACUAUACUGACAAUUUGCAUCAUGGCCUGGUGAGGAACUAUGAACAUGCAAGAACAAAGGAAGUGAUGGACAUUGCUUGGACCAUCUCGGGUACUGACCUCCCCAUCAUCAAAUGGAUCUGCCAGAAAUGCUGCCCCAAGCAGGUAGUAAAUAUCAUCAAAAACCCACACAACCCACUUUUUGAUGCUACCGGCAGGAAGAAGAUACAGGAGCCUGAGAAGUAUUAUAUCCAGCUUCAAGAACAGCUUCUUUCCAUUAAGCAUCAGGUUCUUGGACCAUCCUGUUCAACUCUAUUCACAACCCUAGCUCAGCCACCUCAACAUACUUUGUUUUUGUGC